AGGGUUACCUGUAGCCAUGGUUCACCAACACGGUAUCGAACGUGGCCAUGGAUUGCAAGGUCGCACACGAGCAGUCCGGAGGAUCCGCCGAACCACGCCUGGUUCUCAACACGAGGGCUGUGGUUCUGCCACCACCAUUACCAGAGCCAUCUGUUGUGUUGUGCAAGGGCAGCACCCUGCAGCAUCCCAAGCAGCGUACGUGAGCUUCGCCUGGCUGCUCAACACAUUUAUAAACGGUUCUCUCCCCUUCGCGACUCCUGAAUCUCUGCUCUCCUACACCAAAAGAUCGCCACGCUUACGCUCGUUCAUUCUGCCCGUCCAAGUCGUUCAUUGCAUCGUAUUUGGAAGCUGCAGCCAUGACUGCUGAAGACCCCCAACAGACUACCGCCAACACAGAGACCGCCGAGGAAACUCCUGCUCUGCCCGACUAUCUGGCAUCUCCGAAUGCGGUCUUCGCCGACGAGGGGGUACAGUGGCGUUAUGGGCGAGCUCCUGAUUACACCAAGACUCGCAAAGUUUGGGCGGAAGGCAAGCGAAUGAAUCAUGCUGCCGGAAGUCUCCCACAGCUGGUGGAGAACCUCGUGAAAAACUGGGAGGUCGAAGCCUCUUUCAAGCCAAGACUGUCAGAUUGGCGCACGGUUGACCACGAAAAGUACUCAUUCGCCAUGGGUAGCGGCGAACCUCGGGACGCGGAGCAUAUGAUCAAGGUCGGCACCUACAACGGAAUAAUUGGCGCCAACGAGUACUACAGUCCCGAAAACUCGGACUUCAACUCCAGUCACAAGACGUUCAAGCGCAUGAUGCCCACUUUCGCGUGGGAGGUGCUGGAAGUGUACAGCGGCCCUCCUCGCGUGGCUUUCAGGUGGCGACACUGGGGUGUAAUGAAGAGCGACUACGUGGGGUUCAACAACAAAGGCGAGAAGGUGACGGCGAAGGCUCAUGGCGGAUUGAUCGACAUCGAAGGCGUCACGAUUGCUGAGGUGGAUGAUAAGAUUCGCAUGCAGGCGAUUCGGACGUACAUGGAUCCUCUGGAGAUGUUUCGUCAGAUUGCGCCGGAAGGUGUGGUGAGGAAGGAGACGAUGAAACGGGACGUCGAU